UCCCGCCCAAACAUCCAAACCGCCCGCCGCCGACUCCCGCUCCGGCGAUGUCGGCGACCACGGCGUCUGCCAGUCAGCCCUCGUCGCAGCAACCUCCGCCGCCACCGCCUAAUGCCGAGGCCGUCCUCCGCCUCGCCUCGCGCGACCCCUCCGCCGCGGUGCCCCUCCUCCCGGAGCUCCCGCCCGAUGACCUCGCUGACAUCCUCUCCUCGCUCACCGCCGCCUCCCCCGCGGGCCACCUCGCCCUUCUCCCGGCAAUCCUCGCGCUCUCCCCCUCCCCUUCCUCCGCCUCCACCGCGUUCGCCGCCCUCCUCUCCGCGCCCAGCUGGCCCUCCUCCACGCUCCUCGCCGUCGCCGCACUCAUCCGCGACCUCCCGUCGGCCUACCGCACCCGCAUCCCCGCCUUCCUCGGGAAGAUCAUCUCCCUCCUCCCAAGUGCAGAUGCCCAGGACCUCCCGGCCCUCGCCUACCAGCUCCUCCUGCUCGCGUCCAAGCCGCUCUACCCGCGCGUCGUCCUCGCGGGUCUCCUGCGCUUCUUCGGCGGCCGCCGCGGCGCCCGCGUUCGCGCGCCGCCGUCCAUCGCGCGGCAGGUCGAGAGCACCGCGCUGAUGAACGUCGCGUUCGCGGUCAAGCAGGACCCCGCGCUGGCGAGGGAGGUCCUGGCCGCCGUCAAGGCUGACGCCGCGGGCGCUCUCAGUGGAUUCGCGGUGGCAGUGAUGCUGUUCGUGGCCAGGGUACGGAGGUUCAACGAGGGUGCCGUGAGUGUGCUCCGGGAUGCAGCCGUGGUGUCCCGCCGGGAUUAUCGAAUGUCGAGGCGGUGCAAAUGGUUACCGGAUUGUCUGGAAGAGGAAUAUGCACGGGCCACUCAAUGUGUCGAGAAGGGAUUACUGAAAUCUGUCGACGAGAGCAUUGUUGGGAGGGAGCAUGUUGUGCCAAGCAUUGUUCAGGUGGGUUUUCUCCUGUUAGAAGUCUCAGAUGGUGAUCAAGGGGAGGAAGGUGGCUUAGGUGAAGGAGUAAUGAGCACCGAAGAAAUAGGCAUUAAUAUGCUGAAGUCGUUGUUUGAGAUCCAUGAAAUGGCACGAACUGAGAUAAUUGAACAGUGCAAGUUCCGGAUUCUCUCGGCAAAGCCUCAGCAAAGUGCACCAGUUCUCAGGUUGCUUGGAUGCUUGAUUUUGAGCCAUCCAUUUCCAAUGCUGGAAUUCAUUGCACAUUUGAAGGAGUUGCUGGAUUAUUUUUCUUUUAUGAAUGACAAGAUAUCAACUGGUUUGAUCAGUUGUGUCUUGCCACUCACAAAGUUCAGCCGUGAUCUGAAGGAUUACAUAAUACUGGUUGUAAGAAAGGCGAUGUUCAAGAGGGAGGACAUGGUCCGAAUUGCUGCUACAAAUGCUAUAAUUGAGCUGAUAAUUGCAGAAAGCAGGAAAAAUGAAGCCCGUCCUUUUGAAGACUCAACAAGUCAGCCAAGCUCUAGCCAGCAGCCUGAAACACAUCUAGAGUUUGGUAGGGGUCUCUUUCAGGAACUAAGUGGAUUGCUUCGGAGAUGUCUCUCGCAUCAGGCCAGUGUCAAAGAGAUCUUGUAUGAGGGUCUUAUACGUAUUGUUACCUCUGAUCCAGCUGUUUCUGACAAUGUCCUUGAUUUCCUCUGGCCUCACUUCCAAAACUAUUACUCAGAGGAUGCAGAAUGCCCUCUUAAAAUUGGUUCAUGCUUCAAAGUAGAGCAUGCCAAGUUAUGCAUUGUGGAACCCUUAGAUUGUCUGCUGUCAUGUAUCUCAAGAAUUCUGCAAAUUAAGCAACAUAGUAAAUGUGAACGGCCACGUGAUGCAUAUUGGAAGUGCUUUGGUUUUGCUGCUUCACAAGAUAAUGAGGUUGGACGAGCAUCAUCAAGUGAUUUAUUUGUGAAAGCUCUAUCAAGCAUCCAAAAGUAUUUGAGGAUAUCCCUCACAGACCAGAGAGGACAAAGCCCAGAAGCAGGAUCUCUUUCUUCAUCAUCGGAGGUUGCUCACUGUCAUAACUUUGCUAUGCUUGGAAUCAUUGAGGUUUUUGUUGAUUCUGCUGCUUCAAAACUGGAGAAAGCCUCUGAUGAAUCGAAGGAAAUGAUAGAAAAAGAAAUACUGGAGCUUGUUAAUGUGCACAGCGGCUUUGAGAAAAAAAUGAGCAAUGGUAGGGAAAGGAUAGCACGGAGAAGAGCGAAUGCUGGUGAUGCUACAGAUAAGCACACCAAUGAACCCAGGGAGAAUUCUAAUGCUUCAUUGCAGAAACUUCAUGGAAAGAGGGGUAAAUUUGCGGAUUCGAGUUUGUAUGAACUUUCAGUAAUGUGUGUCAAGCAGCACCAUGCUGAUAACUACAACAACGUUAGUCAGCAUCCUAGCCAAACUACAUUGGACCAGAGCUCCAAUCUGACAUCUUUUGUACUGAAAGCCUUUCUUGAAUUGUCAAAAUCACUUGCAUCAAAGGACAGUAGGGUUUUCAGAAUAAAGCUGCAUGAAGAUUUUAAAAAGUUAUGGCAGCCAAUAAUGCAGCUUGUAUGGUGUUUUCUGUUAGAUUCAAUUCAAGAAAAUGGUGGAAGCAAGAGGAACAUGACCCAAGGAAAGAAAAACAUUGAGUGCAAAAAGGAUCAGUUAUAUUUGGCUCUGACAUGCCUAAAAAAAUUCCUUGAGCCAAGUGUUUCAGGAGAUCACUCUGGUGAUGUCACUGAUUUUCUAAUAUCUUUGGCUCCUCCAAAUAUAGAGGAUAUGAUGGAUGCUGUGGAUCUUGACAAUAAUGAUACCACUAUGGUUGAAGACCGAAGCACAAGAAAUGUCCAUAUGCUUUUGAACAUAUUGAAGAUGUUAUAUGUUAGACUUCUUACCCAAUCACUUUUACGUGAAUCUGAGGCUGUAACUGAAUUGAUUUUGGGCAUUUCAAGAAGAGUGCAUCCUGAACAAAGGCAUAUUAUCGGAAAAUGGGCUACAGAUCUAUGUAGAAACAAAACCACGCAAAGUCCUAGUAUUGCACGAGAGAUGGUAAAACUAGCUGUACAUCUUACACCAGCUCCAGAUGACAUGAUUCUUGUUUGUGACGUGUCUGCUGAGUUGAUGAAAUUAAUGACCUCUGAAGAUGACGGAGAUUCUUCUGAUACAUUUCAUAUAAUUAACUGUAAAACAAAGAGUUCACUUGCUGCUGUCUCACUUCAAAUGGUUGAGUCAUCUCUUACUGAAUUGGAUUGGGGUCUUGGAAAGCUUAAAGCAAUGCUUACAUUAGGUUAUGAUUCUGCUAACAUUGAUGAAGAUCAACCAGCAGAUGAAAUAAUGCUAAGGUUGGCUUUGGAGAAAGCACUCUACUCGAGAUCAACAUCAGUAGUUCAAGUCCUCUCUUCCUUUGCACAUAUGAGCCUUAAGGAUACUCAAGCAGAACACUUUCUGAAACUGACUGCCAAGUUCUACAAGCUUUUAACUCGCAUGUCAAAGUCCCAGAUUGCACCUAAAGGCUACACACAAUCAGUUCCAAGCCUCAAGUUUCAGAAACUGGCUGAAGUAACUUGCAAGAUGCUCACCGCUCCCCUUUACGACUUUGUGUCUCAACAGAAUCAGCAAAUACCCAGAAAGGGAAACAUUGCUAAAAUUAGAAGAGAAACCAAAUGUAUCCCUGAUCUUAUUUAUCAGAUUGAGGAUUAUGAGAAGUAUCUAAUACAGUUAAGCAAACGCACUAAGGUAAACCUUUUGAGACAUGCCAAGCGCAGUGUAGCACGAGACUUCCAGAUAAAGGAUAAAUCUGGGGAACAACAGGAAGAGGAUCCCGCUCCAGACAAUGCUGCAGCAUCUGAUAAUGAGGCUAAUAAGGACGCAGGGGGUCCAAACACUCCAGUUGAAUCAUAUGCUGACGAAAAUGCAUCAUCUGAAAGUGAGCAUGAUGAGGAUGCAGGCGGUCCAAACACUCCGGUUGAAGCAGAUGCUGAUGAAACAAUUAGGUCUAGCAUUCCAUGUGGUAGACCAGUCCAGGAGUCUGAAUCUGAUAGAGAAGAGGAAGAAAUAUUAGCACGGAGGAAGAGAGCUAAGACAAAACAAAUCGUGCAGGAUUCUGAUGAAGAGGCGGAAGAUGAAUAGUUUUUUUUAUACAUUAUUUCAAAUCUCAAAUCGUGUAUUGUAGGCAACAUCAAGUCAAGGAAUAUAGAUCAAUUGUAAAUAGAUGGUUUUGCAUAAGUUUUUGUGGGCCAUCAUGUUGAUUAUAGACCAUGCACAGAAUAUAUGUGAAAUAUAAAAAUAUAAAAUACUAUAUGUUAACGCUCU